CUAGACUUCGCAACUCUCAAGUCUCAACCCCUUCACUCCCUUCCCACCUCAACAAAAAUCAUAUCAUAUCAUAUAAUAAUAUAUAUACACACAUACACCCUUUAGGAGAGACCCACAAGAUAUGAAUCCCACAUGGUGAUGACCAUGAUAGAGCUUCAAAGAGGGAAAAAGGGAAUGGGAAAUUUUCAACCCAUCCCAACCAUUACAAGCUUUGAAGUUUGAGCUCAAAGUCCAACAUUCCAAACUUGCAUAGAGAGAUACAAGUAGUUCAGAUUUUGGGGGGUAGAGAAAGAUCUGUGUAUCUGUGUAAGUCUGUGCCGUUUGUGGGGAUUGUUUUCUUGAGAAAAGAGGAAGCGGUGCUUUGUGUUUUAUUGUUAGUGUUAGUGUCAAUAUGAGUAACUGGUUGGGCUUCUCUCUUACUCCACACUUGAGGAUUGAUGAAGAAUUUGGGAGAGAAAACCAAGAGCGUGGAGGAGGGGGUUACCCUCCUCCUCCUUCUCACCCUCACUUGUCUGCUAUGCCUUUGCGUUCUGAUGGUUCUCUUUGUGUUUCUGACUCCUUUAGCCACUCUGCUGCACCUCAAGAAUGGAGAUAUGAUAAUGCAAUAGGUGGAGGGAAUUCCAAUGAAGAAGGUCCAAAGCUUGAAGACUUUUUGGGUUGCUACUCAAACUCCCCCAUGGCUGAAUCUAAAGUCUUUUGCCAAGACUCUCAACAUGACCAAAACCAAGGACAGAAUAAUGUUUCCAAAAUCAAUGUUAAUGUGGCACCAAGCUUUUGCACCAAUACAGAGAUUGAAGCUGGGGAGAGUCUCACAAACCCUUCUUCCUUGCUCCAGUCUUUCCAUGCAUAUAAUGAUAACUCACAUGCCCUUAUUCCCACCAAUGGCAUGUAUAAGUCAUGGUUAGCACAAACUCAGUUUUCUGAAGGAAAACCUUCAGCUGAGGCUAAUGGGUGCAAUUUCCAAUCUCUGUCCCUCACUAUGAGCCCUAGUGUGCAAAAUGGGGUUGGUGCAAUUUCCUCUGUUCAAGUGAGUGAUGACAAUCGGAAACGGGUCAUGGCAAAAUCUCAUGCUAGAGAACCAGUCCCUCGCAAAUCUAUUGACACUUUUGGGCAGAGAACAUCUCAAUAUCGUGGUGUUACAAGGCAUAGAUGGACUGGGAGAUAUGAGGCCCAUUUGUGGGAUAAUAGCUGCAGAAAGGAAGGGCAAACAAGGAAAGGAAGACAAGUUUACCUUGGUGGUUAUGAUAAGGAAGAAAAAGCAGCAAGGGCUUAUGACUUAGCUGCACUCAAGUAUUGGGGUCCAACAACUCACAUAAAUUUCCCUUUAAGCACUUAUGAGAAGGAACUUGAAGAGAUGAAGCACAUGACCAGGCAAGAAUUUGUCGCCAAUCUAAGAAGGAAGAGCAGUGGAUUUUCAAGAGGGGCAUCCGUGUAUAGAGGCGUGACAAGACACCAUCAACAUGGAAGGUGGCAGGCCCGAAUAGGAAGGGUUGCAGGAAAUAAGGACUUGUAUCUUGGUACAUUUAGCACACAAGAAGAAGCUGCUGAAGCAUAUGAUAUAGCAGCAAUCAAGUUCAGAGGAACAAGUGCUGUGACCAACUUUGACAUAAGUAGGUACGAUGUGAAGAGAAUCUGCUCAAGUUCCACUCUCAUUGCUGGAGAUCUUGCAAAACGGUCUCCUAAGGACUCGGCUCCUGCCGCGGCAGCUGAGGAUUUCAACUCAUGUGGUUCAUCGAUGCCGGCUCAGCCACCCCCCUUGGCUAUAACUGAUGGUGAACAUUCUGAUGAGUUAUCCAACAUGAUGUGGAAUGCAAACAGUGAUGAACAAGCACAGAAUGAGAGUGCUAACAUCAACAAUGUGACCGAGUCAUCACAACAGGUUUCACCAAGCAACAACAAGGAUGGUUUGAACCCUCAAAGCCCCAAGUGUUCUGUGGGGCUACCUAAUGAGUUUGGAGUGAGUGGUGCAGAUUAUGGACAUGGUUACUUCACCCUGGAUGGACCAAAAUAUGAUGAUGGGAACAAUGAAAAUGACCACAUGAACAACAACAGGCUUGGAAACUUGGGAUUGGUUAAUCAAGUUCCCAUGUUUGCUUUAUGGAAUGAAUGAUGGGAAUGUUGAGAUGAGAUUACAAACAUUAGCUUAGGAAAAAAAAAAAAACUAAGAUGAUAUGGUAGAAUUAUUGAAUGAUUAUUGUAGCUUGGUAUGGUAACUAGUUUUGUUUGCAAGAAAAGGGAUAUGUCAGUAGUGCUGAUUGAUUCCUCAUGUGUUUGGUAGGUAGGGUACGUAUACUACUAACUUGCCAAAC